AUGAAGAACGCCUACUGCAAGGACGGAGGAGUACAACUUGAAAGCUCCCGAAUCGUGGAAACUUCGUCAUACGUAUACCUCGGACGUUCUAUGAACAUGGAAAACGAUUUGAAGGAAGAACUGAAUAGAAGAAUGAGAGCAGCAUGGGCAGCAUUCGCAGCCGUCAGAGGCCACGGACCAACUGACGGACCAAGAUCUUCGUGCUCAUCUGUUCGACUCGACAGUUCUUCCAGCACUCUGUUACGCAGCGGAGACGUGGGCAGACACCGCUGCCACGUCUAG